AUGGGUUGCAUCCACUCGACGGAUUCCACGCGCUCCUACCGCGUCAAUAGCGUGGCAAUACCCUUACGACCGUCCACGCCGUCGUUCCAUGCCAAGGACCUCACCCAGCCAGGCGUCUCCACGACCGGGUCCCGCACCAACAACGAGCCUAAGGACGACGUCCCGUCCUUUGUCGUCUCCAAUAGCGCCGACUUGGUUGGCAGCUCGGAUGGCGAGAUGGUUUAUGGUAUGGUGCGCACCUUCACCUUCUCCUACAUUCAGGCGUCCGAGACGAGCAGCACCCACUCGAGUCUGGGUGAUGUGUCGUAUGCCCCUGACGAGGAACCGAUUUCGCCUGCUAGAGCCCCGGGAUCUCUCUCCAGUGCUUUGAUAGUCGGGGGCGACCCGAUUGUCGAGUUGACUCCGAUUCCAGAAGAACGGCUGAACCGGAAAGGAGGAGGCAACGGAAGGGCGAGCGGUUCUACUGCGACGAAAGCGGAUGCGUCUCCGUUGUCAUCGUCGUCAGGGACGGAGAAUGGGGAGAGCAGCAUAGGAAGUGACUUGGAAGUGAUCGAGUCAAUGGACGCGUCCGACAGUAGCCACUACGUUGAAGGGGUAAGCUGUAACUCGGCUUCUGAAUCGAGUGAAGAGUCUCGUCAUGCAGUCAUUGAGACGUCGUGCAAAGAGAGCGACGCUUACGAGCUCAUGCGACGCAAAGUCAUCGAAGCAGAUGCAGUGGCUAUUGUGCAGGAGAUCAUUGAGGCAGCGGUGGUCAACGUGACAAUAGCUCUAGAACAACAGCAGACUCAAGAUGAACAAGUUCUUGUGAAAAGGAGCAGCUUGCAACUCGAGCCGCUGAGCACGGGCUUGAGCCGGAACACGCCGCACUCUUGCAGCGCCCCCAUCCUGAGCCAUCGCCCAUUGACGUAUGCGAUCGUGGGCACUUCACUGAACAACGGUGUCGUGUGGUACCGCGUGCAGUGCAUGACUGAGGAAGUGCUGGACAGCUCGAAGAGGUCCGCUCCACUUUUACGUCGUUAUUCCAGAUUCAGUGCGAUGUACCGGCAGUUGAAGGCGACCAAGCUGCCUACUGCGGACAAGUUGCCCGAGCUGUCUCAACCAGGUCUCGUGCACUUUGUGCGAGGUCGACAAAGCAAGAAAACGAUCCAAGAGCGUGAGGCGCAGCUUUCCAAUGUGUUGCACUACAUUGCAAAGUAUCGAGAGCUGCACGAGAGCAGUGUCUUCCAGAGCUUUCUCGCCCAGUGA